AUGUCUGAGAAGAAAAUGAAUUCGAGCCGCAGGCAUCAUCUCAAGAGUUUGAUGCUCCAGAUUGCGGCGACCAUGAUUGCUCAGGAGAAGUUGGACGUCAUAGAAGCCAAAAAGGCCUACAUGGCUGAAGCCUGCCCGGCAGCAAGCGCGAGUGGAGACACAGCCGCACUAAUGGAAGCCUGCAAAAAGCUGCACGCCAUUAUUGACAGAGUGGAUGAAGAGAGGUACGACCUGGAGUCCAAAGUGGGCAAGGCCGAUAAAGAGAUCGAUGAUUUGAAGAUCAAAGUGGUCGACUUGGCCGGCGUGAAGAAGCCCGCUCUGAAGAAAGUGCGUAUGUCUGCUGACGCCAUGCUGAAAGCUCUGCUGGGCUCCAAGCACACAGUCAACAUGGAUCUGAGGGCCAACCUGAAGCAGGUCAAGAAGGAGGUGAAAGAGGAGCCUUCAGAGCAAGUCGGCGACUGGCGUAAGAAUAUUGAGGACAAGGCUGACAGGAAGAAGAUGUUCGAGACUUCCUAA